CAGGAUCCCCCUCGCACGCGGUUUUCCAGGGUUGUGUCGAGACGUUUCAUGUCUUAGAACGCAGGUUGCGUUGGAGCCUCUCCCUGAAGAAAAAUACCAUGGCUGCCGCCAUUGCUUUAGCCAGCUCUCCCUGCGCCGACGUAGGCUUCGAAUCCGCCACUUCUGCAGCCCCAUUCCACUUCGCUAGCACGCAGCAGAGUGCAGCCUCCGCAAUUGACGGCAAUGGCGGCAAGCUGAGUCACGAGUCGGUUAGGGCGAGCCUAGCUGCAUUAAUACCAGCGGACAAUUUGGAGGAGGUAGGAGCGCGGCUGAACGUGACGUCAGACGACGACUCGGGUGCGUCGCAUGACACUUUCGAGGCGAGGAGCUUUAGCAGCCGCGACGGUAGCGAAAUUGCUUCGCAAGAGACGGUCAAUUCGCACGCAGCGGCUGCCACUGAUUGUGCUUCUUCUAGUCAUACGCACGGAGAGGUGGCGCAGAGAUUGAGCCACUUCUCAGAAAUUCGCGUCAAUUUCUUUGACUCGGCUGAGCCACGUGGCGACGAGAAUGCCGCUGGCGACUCGACUUUCGGCCCUCUAUCACAUGUAGAUGAAGGAAACUCGGAGUCUCAUUCUCCGUUAGAAACAGACUCGAUGUUGUGUACCGAAAUUCCCGGAGAGACGGGAUGGGAGCGCGUGCGGCGGGCGCUAGAGGAGAAGGCGGUCGAGCAAUCGUCCAAUGUCAAUCAGAUUCACGCCAUCGAUGCGGCGGGCGUGCGCGAGUUGGUCGCGGAGAACGCGCUCCCGCGACUAACGAGCAACUACGGCGCGGCGGAGCUUCUGCAACGGAUGCAGACGGAAGGAGAGGAGGUGACGGACGACGACUGGGACGGCGCACACGACUCGCCUGUUGUCGUUUUACUCGACGAGCAAGGCCGGUGGGACAGCGGGGGCGCAGCUCCGCUCGAUGUCGUCUGCGAGACUCCGCGAAACCCCGCUGCCCCACCGCGCAAUCACGCCGCCGCCGCGCAGGUUUCUGCGCCGCAACAGUCCGCUUCGCGCGCACGCGAUGCCGCCACGCCAAGUAGUGAGAUCGCUGUCACGCCGGAGCAACGCGAUUCUCCGUCGCCUAAAAAACGGCAGGCGCAGCGCGAUUUUCAGUCACCAUGCACGCCGCGUAGCGGCACGCGCGUUCGCCCGCGGUGGCAGAUGGACUCGUCGCAGCUGGUAAUCCGCAAUUUCCUCGCGCGCGGCUCGUUCGGCACCGUGCACCGUGGGCAGUACAAGGGCAGAGAUGUUGCUGUGAAGCUUCUCAAUUGGACGGGGGAGAGCGUGCACAGGGGCGCGGGGGCUGCGGGGAAAAUAAUUGGCGCACGGAAUGGCGAAAACGCUGGUGGCGCGGCGGGUGCAGUUGCGGCUGCAGGUCCCACGGGGGAGGCUGGGCGCGGUGAAAAAGAGGGCGUGAAGGUUGCGGGGAAGCCUGAGGCCGUGGGGAAAAUCAAUUCCGCGGAUUUGGCAUUUUUGCGGGAUGUGUUUGCGCAAGAGGUGCUCGUUUGGAGCAAGCUUCGACAUAAGAACAUUUGCGAGUUCGUGGGCGCGACAAUCGGCGGACACGAGUCGUACGAUCUGACAUCGACGGUGAAGGAUCACCAGGGGCAGUUACGCGUGGGAAGCGAUUGCUGUUUAGUGUUGGAGUUUCUCCCCGGCGGGACGCUGAAGCAGCUCUUAGCGAAACACAGCAGGAAGAAGAAGCGGCUUCCUUUGGAACGAGCUCUGCGGUUGGCGUUACAAGUUGCUGAAGGCCUAAAAUACCUUCAUUCGUGCAACAUCGUGCAUCGCGAUCUCAAGACCGACAACCUGCUGCUGGACCAGAAGCACAGGGUGGUGAAGAUAGCAGACUUUGGCGUGUCGAGGGUGCAGCCGGGGGACAGGACUAUGAAGCGACGCACGGGCACUUAUGGCUACAUGGCUCCAGAGGUGCUCAAGGAGCAGCCGUACGACCACAUGGCUGACGUGUACAGCUUUGGCAUCGUGCUGUGGGAGAUUGUAACAUGUGGUAACCCGUUUCCCUUUGAGGGGCUCAAGCCAGAGCAAGUCUGCAGCAUGGUGAAUCAGGGUCUGCGCCCGGACAUCCCCUCAUGGUGCCCGGCACCCCUCUCAGCCCUCAUGAGGCAGUGCUGGCACCGUUCCCCUGCCUCCCGCCCUGACAUGGGGGAGGUGGUUGAGAGGCUCACAGCUGUCACUCUGCAGUGUGCAACAGUGCUCCCUGCCUGCAUCUGCAUGUAGGCUCCUGUGUGCACUGGCCUCUGCGUUCCUCUGCAGCAUGCUGUUAUGUCAGCAUGGUUCCACGUUUUUUACCUUGGUUUGUUUACCAUAUACCAGCCUGUGAGGCUGACGUAGCACAUACUGUGCUCGACUUGUUGUUUCGUAUUGUCUUUAUCUUACAAGUGCAUGGACCUGACUUGUUUUUAUGAACUAGUGAUUUUUCCAGUACUCCUAAC